CUUCAUACUCUGGAACUUGGUGACUUAGCCGAUUAGAACAACGCUCUAGCUCUCUGCCUCGCUUCUUAUUGGUGGAAUCAAACAUGGGCCCUGUUUAUAUUCAAUUGUGCCGUGGGGUUAGGGUUCCACUGAAUUCUGAGCUUGAAAAGGAAUUCUUUGGUUGAAGCUUUUUUGUCUCUAUACAUUAAGGCCGACUGCUACAAAAUGAAGGUUGCUUUACUCUGCAUCAGUCUCUUGGCAGCCACUUAUGCCUUACCAGCGCAACGACAACGAAUAGCCAGAUCAGAUAGUUUGGAAAGCAGACAGGAAAACAGUGACUCAUCUGAGAGGAAGAAGAAUAUUAAAGAAGAUAAUGAUUCCUGCAAAUUGAAGAAUGGCAAUGAAGAUGAAUCUGAAAGAGUCAAUGAUGAACAGGAAGAAAGUGAAGGGAAAGGGGGUGAGGAAAUAAAAGAUGAAUACAGUAAAACUGGGGAAGAAGAGGGAGGUGAGCAAGAGGGAGACAGGAAAGAGGAAGAAGGAGGUGAAGGUGAACAUGGUGAAAUGGAAGAAGAGGGAAAUGAAGAAGAAGAGGAAGAGGAAAAUAAAAAGGAGGAAGAUGUAGGGGCAGAAAGAUAUGGUAAAAAAGAGGAAGAGGAUGAAGAAGGAAAUAAAGAAGACGAUAAUGAAGAAAAAGAAAACACAGGCAGAGGAGACAAGGAUAAUGAUGGUGAUGGGAAAAAAGAUGGUGAAGGCCAAAAUGAAGAAGAUGAAGAUGAGGACAACGAAGAAGAGGAUGAAGAGGAAGAUGAUGAGGAAGAUGAUGAGGAAGACAAUGAGGAGGAGGAUGAUGAAGAAGAUGGACAGAAAGAUGAAGAUGGAGGAAAAGUGGAAGACAAUCAAAAAGAAGAGGAAGAGAACAGAGAGGAGAAUGGAGGAAAGAACAAAGAAGAGGAUAAAGGCAAGUGAAGCUGAAGGAGAUGAAGGAAAAGAAGGUAAAUAAUUUUGCAAACUCAAACUGAUUCACACAUAAUAUUCCAGGAUGGGUGACGUACUCAUUCUCUCCAUAUAGUAUAAUACCAGUAACUACCAACAAUACCACCAUAUAGCACAAUACCAGCAACUAUCAACAAUACCACCAAACAGUAUAAUACCAGUGACUAACAGCACUGUUCUCACAUUAAAGUACAACAAGCCCCCUUCCUAGCUCCUGCCUCAUCAUACCCAUAUGAAUUUUAUGCUGUAAAUCUGUUUUCAGUUAUUUAUAAAAUUGAUUUUACAUGUUUGUAUGUAAUGUGAUUCCCCGGCAGCAGCAAAAAAGAAUGGUGACCAUGAAAUGAAAGAACACACUUCGGACAACAAUGGCUGCUGUAUGAACAACAAUAGCAACCCUGGGGAAAGCGAUUUUCUACUGGUCAGGUGUAGGACAGCACAACUCUGGAAUCAAUACUAUCUAUCUAUCUAUCUAUCUAUCUAUCUAUCUAUCUAUCUAUCUAUCUAUCUAUCUAUCUAUCUAUCUAUCUAUCUAUCUAUCUAUCUAUCUAUCUAUUUAUUUAUCUCUAUGUAAACUUAGACUCAAGUAACAGAGUGCAUGGGCAUCAGUUUAAUCCCUAUCUGCUAUAAUUUGCCGUUAAUUAUUCUCCUUAGAUAACAAAGCCAUAUUUUAUAUUUCAUUUAAAAUAUGACAUUUUAUUAUACAAGUAUACAAUAAAGUAUUUCUACAUUGC